AUGGAGUCGACCGACCGACGCUGCAGGCGCGUGCCUGUGACAGAGCCGUUGGGGCGGAGCGGGGACGGUGGCCUUGGAGCGGAGCACGCGUGGGCUGGCGGCGGCCACACCGGGGCGGAGAGCCUCCUCGGCUCCCCGGUGGCCGGAGCGUCUUCCGUUGCCCUGCGGCCGGCACGUCUGUGGCAGCCGGUGGGCUCCGACGCGUUCUGGAACCGAGGGAUCUCCGCCUGCGCCGUGGGCGACGGCGCCGCGCCCAUCUUCCGGAACAAGCUCAUUGCCGUCGUCGGCGGCGGGGACUCGGCCAUCGAGGAGGCCAACUUUCUCACCAAGUACGGCUCGCGCGUCUGCAUCAUCCACCGCCGCGACGCCUUCCACGCCUCCAAGAUCAUGCAGGCCCACGCUCUCUCCAACCCCAAAAUCCAGGUCGUCUGGUACUCCGAGGUCGUCGAGGCCUAUGGCGGCUCGGACGGUGGCCCCUUGGCGGGCGUCAAGGUGAAGAACCUGGUCAGCGGCGAGGUUUCCGACUUCCAGGUGGCAGGGCUCUUCUUCGCCAUCGGGCACGAGCCAGCAGCCAAGUUUCUCGGUCCACAGCUCGAGCUCGACCCCGAGGGAUACGUGGCCACCAAGCCGGGCUCCACGCACACCAGUGUCAAGGGGGUCUUCGCUGCCGGGGACGUUCAGGACAAGAAGUACCGCCAGGCCAUUACUGUCGCUGGAUCAGGUAUUAUGUCUGUUAUUAUGGUAAAACAUCUGCUGGAAGAGUUAGCUGCCAUAUUUGGAUUGUACAUCAAUCAAGAGAGGCAGAAUGGAAGAAAGAGCUACAGAUUUACAGAUGUUGUCGGAUGGCUUAACAAAGUCACCGAUGUUUUUGCCUCCUUCUGGUAA